UGCAGCUACUCAAGACUUAACAUUUGCCAUGAGACUAUUUGUGCUCUUUUUAAUGGCUGUGAGCCUUACAUUGGCUUCUAGUGCCCGCUUGGGAUCUGUAAAAAUACGCAGGGACUCUAAAUGGGACAUUAUUCAUCAUGAAUAUCACGGACCACCAGCACCUUUAUCCAAGGAUGGUCGAGUUAUUGAUACUCAAGAAGUAGCUGAUGCUAAAGCCAAUCAUUUGCUUAUACAUGCUGAAACUAUAGCUGAUUUAGCAAAAAAAAUGGCAGAAGCAAAUUGGCAUGAACCUACCGAAAAAAAAGCAGAAAAACCUGCAGAAGAGUUACCUAUGAUAAGCGGACCAAUACAGAUGACGCCUAAAAUGAUGGCUGCGCUUAUGGCUGCUGUUGCUGAAGAGCAAAAGACUCAACAAGAACAGCAAAAAGCUGUGGAAGCCCUACCCGAAUCUGCCCCAAUUGUUGUUAUUGAGCCUUCCCGACAAGUUCCACCAAUCAUUGAACCAUCACUUCAGAUUGAAGCUGAAGAAGUUCCUAAAGUAGAGGAAGUUAAACCUGUGGUAGAACUUGAAGUAAACAAUGAAAUUGAAAAUAAAGAACCAACAAAAAUUCCACAAAAAAGUUACGAGGGCCCUCUUGCUCAGCUUGGAGAGGAUGGAAGAGUACUGGACACUCCAGAGGUACAAAAAGCGAAAGAGCUGCAUCUAUUAGCAUAUAAAAAACUUGCUGAAUUGACUAAAAGCAAAAAUGGACACGAAAACAAAGAAGAAAGCGGAAAUGGUUGGGCAUCAGUUUCACCGAGUUUGCAUCAACACACUAGAAUUUAUCUACCACCAAUGCAUAUCAUUUACCCUCCAGAAACCUCUAUUGGUUAUGGUGGACCACCAGCACCAAUUGGUGAAAAUGGGAAAGUCAUGGACACCGUCGAAGUUGAACUUGCCAAAGCCGCUCAUAAAAAAGCUCAUGAGCAUGCUGAAGCAAUAGCAAAACGACACCCACCUAAAGCCGAAGACAAUACUAUUUGAAUAUUGGGUAACGAAUGAAUAUAAUUUUAUUAGUUAUAUUGAGAGAUUUUUAUUUUUGAUGCAAUCUUCAUCCUCGCUCUUCGAGUAUCAAACUAUAAAUAAUGAUACUCUGUAGACUAU